GUGCCGAGGGGAGCCCGGGGCUCCUGCACCCGCUGCCCGCCCCGCCGCCUCUCAGCUCUGCGCGGGCAAGGCUGCCGGGGACGGAGCGCCGGGCUCCGGGCGGGUACGCGUUCCCGCCCGCCGCGUCCUGCCGAGCCACCCUGGUGAGUCCCUGGCUCUCUCCGAGCCGAGCCUCCUCGGUCACUGGAGGAUGAGAGUGGAGUGCGUACUUCAGGGGUGUUGUGAGAAGGAGAAGAAUAAAGUGAAGAAAGUGCUAGUGUGUAGUAGAGAAGAACUGGAAACAACCUGCCUGCCUGCCUCGCUCGGGUGUUGGUUGAGAAACUGGAGCACUUCCAUACUGCGGAAUCUCCCAGAGCUGCUCCCGGGGAAGCGUCGUUAGGUGGAAACGCGAAUUACUAAACAGAGUGUGUGUCCAGAUGCCAGCCCGGCUACCAUAGGGGAUCCCUCUGGGAGACUGAAGGGUGGGCUCCCAGGCCCAGGCUGAGGCCCACCAGCCCUGAGCCGUAGGGCAGGGGGAUGGCAGCCACCCCAGAGCCUCGAGACCAGACCCCUGGGGAGGGAGAAGGGCUUCUGAUCGUCAAGGUGGAAGAUUCCUCCUGGGAGCAGGACUCUGCCCAGCAAGAGGACAGCAGGGAUUCCGAGACCUGCCGCCAACGCUUUCGGCAGUUCUGCUAUGGGGAUGCAGGUGGGCCCCAUGAGGCCUUCAGCCAGCUUUGGGAGCUCUGCUGCCGCUGGCUGCGGCCCGAGCUGCACACCAAGGAGCAGAUCCUGGAGCUGCUGGUGCUGGAACAGUUCCUGAGUGUGCUGCCUGGGGGCGUCCAGGGCUGGGUGCGUGAGCGAUGCCCGGGGAGUGGUGAGGAAGCCGUCGCCCUGGUGGAGGACCUGCAGAAGCAGCCAGUGAAAGCUUGGCCGCAGGAUGUGCCCUCAGAGGAGGUGGAACCCGAGGCUACAGUCCAUGGAUCCCAGGCCAAGGGGCCUCCCCCAAAGGUGGGGGCACAACGCCAGCCGCCUGUACCCUGGGAGCAGCACAGCCAUGGUGCCCAGUUUCCUGCUCUGCUUAAAGAGGGGAGUGCCAGAGAGACGACAGACACCUGCUUUGCCUCUGGGGUCCCUGGACCUGUGACAUUUGGAGACAUUCCCUUCUAUUUCUCCCGGGAAGAAUGGGGGUCCCUAGAUCCUGCUCAGAGAGAUCUCUUCUGGGACAUAAAGCGGGAGAACACCCGGAACAUUGCUCUGGGUUUGGGGCUCAAGAGCCACAGUGAGCAUUCCCGGCCAGAGGAGGCGCUCCCGGGUCAGGCCGGCGGCGACGUGACUGUGUCCUGGAGCCCUGCGGAGGCUGAGGUCUGGGAGAGCGAGGCCCGGCCAGGGGCGACCCUGGCGCGGGCAGUAGGGGCGCGGCGAGGACGGCCGCCCACGCGCCGGCGGCAGUUCCGGGACCUGGCGGCCGAGAAGCCUCACAGCUGCGGCCAGUGCGGCAAGCGUUUCCGCUGGGGCUCCGACCUAGCGCGCCACCAGCGCACGCACACGGGCGAGAAGCCGCACAAGUGCCAGGAGUGCGAGAAGAGCUUCCGCAGCUCCUCGGACCUCGUGCGCCACCAGGGCGUGCACACGGGCCAGAAGCCUUUCUCCUGCUCCGAGUGCGGCAAGAGCUUCAGCCGCAGCGCCUACCUGGCCGACCACCAGCGCAUCCACACCGGCGAGAAGCCCUUCGGCUGCAGCGACUGCGGCAAGAGCUUCUCGCUGCGCUCCUACCUGCUGGACCACCGGCGCGUGCACACGGGCGAGCGGCCCUUCGGCUGCGGCGAGUGCGACAAGAGCUUCAAGCAGCGCGCCCACCUCAUUGCCCACCAGAGCCUGCACGCCAAGAUGGCCCAGCCCGUGGGGUGAGGGCCGGAGCAGGGCGAUCUCCCUAGCGCGGUUUUCCCUCUCCCCCUCGGGAAUUCAACCCCCGUCUGUAGCCACCGCCCCGGCUGACUGCCCUGCUCUGCCCUGGGACUUGAAAUGGAAAUCCCCUAUGACCUUGGCACCAUUCCCUUCCUGCUCCGAGGGUUUUUCUUGCCCUCUGGCUUCCUGGAGCCUCCCCUCCCCCGCACAUUCGGGGCCAGUGGCAUUAAAGUAGGGGAGACACUGGGGCAGCAGGGAAGUGUGAGGCCUCGGGCGGGGCCUGGAGUCCCUAUCCGAGAAGUCCCUCAGCCUUGCUUCCCUCGUGGCUCUUUGUUCCCUAUCUUCUCGGCUCGGUGUGUGGGCCAGCCCUCUGCCCUGCCAAGCUGUGCCUUCUGGUGAGAGUGGAGGAAUAGGCCUUGACCCUCAGGGCACUGCUGGGCGCUGGGAGUGUCAGUUAGCCCACACCUCUGACGAUGUGGGUCCUGGGCAUGGCUACAGGGCCUUUCUGGCCUCUACCCCCUCCCAUUUCCAGGCCAUGACCACUCUGCCCUGUCCCUGUGACCCAGAAGCUGCCUGCCUUCGCUCUCAGCAGACUUCCCCCGACUCCUACGAGUGCGUCCCUGAGAGAUAUUCCCUCCCAGUCUGGCGAGGGUCGUGGUGGCUCCAGGGACAGGAGGGCGACCGUGCAGUCUAAGAACAGGGCUAGCGGAGGCGCACUGCUCCCCAUUCCUCCAGAGGCAUGGGGUCUAUGGUACUUAACACUAGCACUUCGUCAGCACUUUGUUGCUGACUCUUUAGGCACUGCUUUCCAUGGCGGCAUCUGCAUCAUCUGCAGACUGGCAUUCACAGGGACAGACCGUAGGCCCUCCAAAGGAGCUUGGCCCAGCUGGCCUCUAAAGGGCAGCCAAAGGGUCUGAAUAAAUGCGGAAAUUGCCUCCA